UUCUUAUAAGUUUACUCGCAACGAACAGGGGAAUCAUCUUCUACAAAUCGCAAGCUCAAUGAACAGGAAAGCUGAGCUUGUUUUUAUCCCUUCACCAGUCGUCGGCCACCUUGUCUCCACUGUGGAGCUGGCCAAGAUCCUCGUCCAUCGCCACCACCGCCUCUCCAUUACCGUCCUCGUCAUGAAACUACCCUUUGACUCCGACAUCAACGGCUAUCUCGACUCACUCUCUGAAUCCCACCAUAUCAUCAAAUUCGUUCAUCUCCCCAACGAUGACCUUCCACAAUCCAAAACCAGAAACUUCUUCACUUCUUUCAUUGAAUCUCAUAAACCCCAUGUCAAAGAAGCUGUCUCUAGGCUCGUUCAGUCAGAGUCAACCUCCGAUGACUCGCCGAUACUCUCCGGGUUCGUUCUCGACAUGUUUUGUACAUGUAUGAUUGAUGUUGCCAAUGAAUUUGGAGUUCCGAGCUAUAUUUUCUUCACUUCGAGUGCAGCUUUUCUGGGUUUGAUGUUUCACAUGCAAUUUCUUUAUGAUGAUGAGAAUAAAGACCCCACUGAUUUGAAUGACUCGGAUACUGACUUGGAAGUAAUGAGUCUUGUUAACCGAAUUCCCGUUAGGGUUUUGCCCUAUGUGUUCUUGGGGAAAGAGGGGUCUUCCAUUUUGUUUGAGGCGGCGAGGAGGAUUCGAAGCGUUAAGGGUAUCAUUGUAAAUACGUUUAUGGAGCUGGAAUCUUUUGCCAUCAAGUCUUUAUCUAAUGGUGAAACCAACAUCCCACCCGUUUAUCCUGUGGGGCCGAUUUUGAAUCUUGAUGGUAAUAGCAUCGAUAAGGGGUCAUCCGGGUCCCAAACAAAAGCAGAGAUCAUUGAGUGGCUUGAUGAUCAACCACCAUCAUCAGUUGUCUUUCUAUGCUUCGGGAGCAUGGGAAGCUUCAAUGAGGAUCAGGUGAAAGAGAUUGCUUGUGCGCUUGAACAGAGUGGGCAUCGGUUCUUGUGGUCUCUUCGUCAACCUUCACCCAAGGGUCAGUUUCCUGUUCCCAUUGACUACACAAAUCUAACAGACGUGUUACCAGAAGGGUUUCUUGAUCGAACAGCUGCGGUUGGAAAAGUAAUCGGUUGGGCUCCACAAGUAUCAGUCCUAGCCCACAAGGCGGUCGGAGGGUUCGUGUCACAUUGUGGGUGGAAUUCAACACUAGAGAGCAUAUGGUUUGCAGUUCCAAUAGCCGCUUGGCCAAUGUACGCGGAGCAACAAUUAAACGCAUUUCAGAUGGUGGUUGAGUUAGAGUCAGCAGUGGAUAUUAAUAUGGAAUAUAGGAAGGAUUUUUCAGGAGAGAAUAAAAUGUUGGUGAGUGCAGGGGAGAUAGAGAAAGGGAUCAGAAAGUUAUUGGAGGAUGAUAAUAAGAUAAGGGAAAGAGUGAAGGAGAUGAGUGAAAAGAGUAGAAAAGUGAUGAUGGAGGGUGGAUCUUCAUUCACUUCACUGGGUUGCUUCAUUGAUGAUGUUAUGAGCCAUUUGUCAUAAAUUUAUUGUAGUGUCUCGAAUUAUGACGGUUUGGACUUAGGAGAACACUGAUGGGAUAACUUGUGUAUCGCUUCAUGGAAGCAGUGUUUUCAAAUCCGGAUUACGCCCAUAGUUCAGUCUGUUUAAUCUGGAAUUAAUCACUACUUUAAAAUUAUACUCAUCUUUUAAAUUUGUUUUAAA